AUGCUGGCCUACUGCGUGCAGGAGGCCACCGUGGUGGACGUGGAGAAGCGGAGGAACCCCUCGAAGCACUACGUGUACAUUAUCAAUGUGACCUGGUCUGACUCCACCUCCCAGACCAUCUACCGGAGGUACAGCAAGUUCUUUGACCUGCAGAUGCAGCUUCUGGAUAAGUUUCCCAUUGAAGGUGGCCAGAAAGAUCCCAAGCAGAGGAUUAUCCCCUUCCUCCCAGGUAAGAUCAUUUUUGCUCGGCCUCCUGGGAGAGACCUUGCAGUUGUACUCCUGGUGAAGCUGAACCCCCACUGCAAAGCACUUGUCCGGCUACCGCCCCACAUUUCACAAUGUGAUGAAGUCUUUCGGUUCUUUGAGACCCGACCUGAGGAUGUCAACCCCCCAAAAGAGGACUAUGGCAGUUCCAAGAGGAAAUCAGUGUGGCUGUCCAGCUGGGCUGAAUCUCCCAAGAAGGACGUGACAGGUGCCGACACCAACGCCGAGCCCAUGAUCCUGGAACAGUACGUGGUAGUGUCCAACUAUAAGAAGCAGGAGAACUCGGAGCUGAGCCUCCAGGCUGGGGAGGUGGUGGAUGUCAUCGAGAAGAACGAAAGUGGCUGGUGGUUCGUGAGCACCUCUGAGGAACAGGGCUGGGUCCCUGCCACCUACCUGGAGGCCCAGAAUGGCACAAGGGAUGACUCGGACAUCAAUACCUCUAAGACUGGGGAAGUGUCCAAGAGACGCAAGGCCCAUCUGCGGCGCCUGGAUCGCCGGUGGACCCUGGGCGGGAUGGUCAACAGACAGCACAGCCGAGAGGAGAAGUACGUCACCGUGCAGCCCUACACCAGUCAGAGCAAGGAUGAGAUUGGUUUUGAGAAGGGCGUCACCGUGGAGGUGAUCCAGAAGAACCUGGAGGGCUGGUGGUACAUCAGAUACCUAGGCAAAGAGGGCUGGGCACCAGCAUCCUACCUAAAGAAGGCCAAAGAUGACCUACCUACCCGGAAGAAGAAUCUGGCAGGCCCAGUGGAGAUCAUCGGCAACAUCAUGGAGAUCAGCAAUCUACUGAAUAAGAAGACGUCUGGGGACAAAGAGGCUCCGUCCGAAGGGGAAGGCUCCGAGGCACCUAUCACCAAGAAGGAAAUCAGCCUGCCCAUCCUCUGCAACGCCUCUAACGGCAGCGCCCUGGGUAUCCCCGAGAGGACUGUGUCCAAGCUGGCCCAGGGCUCCCCAGCAGUGGCAAGAAUCGCCCCACAGAGGGCCCAGAUCAGCUCCCCAAACCUCAGGACGAGACCUCCACCACGCCGAGAAUCCAGCCUGGGGUUCCAGCUGCCGAAGCCACCAGAGCCCCCUUCUGUUGAGGUGGAGUACUACACCAUUGCCGAAUUCCAGUCCUGCAUUUCUGAUGGGAUCAGCUUUCGUGGUGGACAGAAGGCAGAGGUGAUUGACAAGAACUCCGGUGGCUGGUGGUAUGUGCAGAUCGGUGAGAAGGAGGGCUGGGCCCCUGCGUCCUACAUCGAUAAGCGCAAGAAGCCCAACCUGAACCGCCGCACCAGCACUCUCACCCGGCCCAAGGUGCCGCCGCCCGCACCCCCCAGCAAGCCCAAAGAGGUGGACGAGGGCUGCGCAGGGGCCGGGGACAGCCAGGCCUCCCCGCUGAAGCUCAGGUAUGAGGAGCCCGAGUAUGACAUCCCUGCUUUUGGCUUUGACUCGGAGCCGGAGCUGAGUGAGGAACCUGCAGAAGAUAGAGGUGCGGGGGACAGGCGGCCUUCCCAGCCUCGCAGGCCCUCCCCAGCCUCUUCCCUGCAGCGAGCCUGCUUCAGGGUGGGUGGGUCUUCUGAGGACGUGGCCCUGGAGGAGGAGACCAUCUACGAGAACGAGGGCUUCCGGCCAUGCGCAGAAGACGCCCUGUCAGCCAGAGGCUCCUCCGGAGACAGCGACUCCCCUGGGGGCUCCUCACUGUCCCUUGCCAGGAAAAACUCCCCCAAGUCCGGCUCCAACUCCCCCAAGUCGUCAUCACUUCUAAAACUCAAGGUAGAGAAGAAUGCCCAGGCAGAGCUGGGGAAAAACCACUCCUCAGCCUCCUCCUCCUCCAUCACCAUCAACACCACCUGCUCCUCUUCCUCCUCCUCCUCCUCCUCCUCCCUGUCCAAGAACAGUGGUGACCUGAAGCCCCGCUCCGCCUCGGAUGCGAGCAUCCGCGGUACCCCCAAGAUCGGGGCCAAGAAAGAGGCGGAGGUGAGGGCUGGGCCCACCCCCUGUGCCCGCACCAAGCCCUCCAUCCGGCCCAAGCCGCUGCUCAACCGUGCCGAGUCCCAGAGCCAAGAGAAGAUGGACAUCAGCACUUUAAGGCGUCAGCUGAGACCCACGGGCCAGCUCCGGGGGGGCCUGAAGGGCUCCAAGAGUGAGGAUUCAGAGCUGCCCCCCCAGACGGCGUCUGAGGGGCCCAGGAGAGGCUCGGCCGAUGUGAUCCCGCUCCCGGCCCCCACGCCCCCCGGCCCCCCGAGGAAGGAGUGGGAAGGGCAGGCAGCGGCCUACGUGACGUGCAGCGCGUACCAGAAGGUCCAGGACUCGGAGAUCAGCUUCCCGGCCGGUGCCGAGGUCCAGGUGCUGGAGAAGCUGGAGAGCGGGUGGUGGUACGUGAAGUUUGGGGAGCUGGAGGGCUGGGCCCCUUCCCACUAUCUGAUGCCCGACGAGAGCCAGCAGCCCAGCCCUUCCGGCAAAGAGCAGGCGGAGCCGGCAAAGAGCAAGCAGAGCCAGGGCAAGUCCGACAGCCUGGAAAGCGCCGAGAAGCGGGUGCAGGCGCUGAACACGGUGAACCAGAGCAAGAGGGCCACGCCGCCCAUCCCCUCCAAGCCCCCCGGCGGCUUCGGCAAGACAGGCACCGCCGCCGUGAAGAUGCGGAACGGGGUGCGGCAGGUGGCCGUCCGGCCCCAGUCUGUGUUCGUGUCCCCGCCACCCAAGGACAACAACCUGUCCUGUGCCCUCCGGAGGAACGAGUCGCUCACCGCCAGCGACGGCCGCGGUGUCCGCCGCAACUCCUCGUUCAGCACGGCGCGCUCCGCCGCCGCCGAGGCCAGGGGCCGCCUGGCCGAGCGCGCUGCCAGCCAGGGCUCCGACUCCCCGCUGCUGUCCGCGCAGCGCAACUGCAUCCCCGUGUCCCCCGUGCGCCCCAAGCCCAUCGAGAAGUCCCAGUUCAUCCACAAUAACCUCAAGGACAUGUACGUCUCCAUCGCAGACUACGAGGGCGACGAGGAGACGGCAGGCUUCCAGGAAGGGGUAUCCAUGGAGGUGCUGGAGAGGAACCCCAACGGCUGGUGGUACUGCCAGAUCCUGGAUGAGGUGAAGCCCUUCAAAGGCUGGGUACCCUCCAACUACCUGGAGAAGAAGAACUGACUGGGAGCGUGGC